UCUGAGCUUAUUUUCUUUUCCUUUUCAAACAGGAAAUCUAAUCUCUCUGACUCAAAGAUUCCUUCCCUGUAUGCCUCAUGGACUCUAUCGACCUCCUCACUCUCCUCCCAAGGGAGCAUCUCAGAAAACGGCCCAAGACAAAGCAGACCUUUGAAACCGGCGCUGCUGCCCAUGCCCAUCACCUCGCCUGGGAGAAGCACGGCCACAGCAGCCUCAGGACAGGCAUCUCUGCGGCGUGGACGCGGCAGCUCGAGGAAGAAUGGAUCACUGCAGAGGCCGGGGCAGGCUGGGACCCUCGUGCCGGUUGCCGGCUCCCUCAGGCGUCCUCCCAUGGCUGCGGUGCAACCUCAGCAGUUUCAGCUUUAUCAGCACGUCAGCCCCCAGCCGCACAGCAUCCCUCUUGGAGCCGGCACGGCUGAGGCAGGAACGAGGCCAAACUUCUCCCAGGACGCUUCACCAAUGCUUGUGGUCAGAGGAAGGGAAAGCAGAACUCCCUCCGUGUGCAGCUCAGUGAUCCUGGAUGCCAAAGACCUGCCAGCAAAGAGUGAGGCAGCUCCAAAGCCACCUGCGUCAGCCCCGCCGUCCAUCCUGGUGAAACCAGAGACCUCCCGCAACAGCACCGAGAAGCAAGUGAAGACGGUGAGGUUCCAGAACCACAGCCCCCCGCCGCCCAAGCGGCACAGCCUGCAGCCCUCCCCGAGCCUGCCACGCGGUAGGAUGGAGCCAGCAGCCGUGGCGGAGGCUCUCCUGCCAGAAGCCAGCCUGCCGGGCCCCGAGCUGGCAGUGCUCUACUCGCCCAGGACCAGCUCCAGCCCCCUGCACCAGCGACGGGCGCUGCACCCGAAGGCGCUGUCGCUGGACCUCUCUGGGCAGCUGACCUUCCCUGUCAAGAAGAACUACAGCAGCAUUUCUGCAAACUGA